AUGACUGUUUACAACAAUCUGGUGCAUGUGUAUGAAAAUCACAGAAAACAAUGGCCCCAAAUCGUCAGCAUCCUAAUUUCCUGUUUUUCUGGAGUGGUUUAUGGUCUAUCAUUUGCCUGGACAUCACCAUCCAUAGUAAAAAUAACCCAGGAUAAAGAAAACUAUAAUAUAACCGAACAUGAAGCGUCGUACUUCACAAUCAUUCCGUACGUAGCCACCACUCUAACUAUACUGCCACUAUCAUACCUGAACGAUAUUAUAGGGCGAAAACACACCAUAAUGAUUAUGGCGAUACCAUGUAUAAUAUACUGGAUAAUUAUUAUAUUCGCAAAGUCAGUGUACAUGUUUUAUUUGGCAAGGUUAUUCAGUGGUGUAACAGAGUUCCUCUUCAUUUCACUUCUCAUGUAUGUCGGUGAAAUAUCGUCGCCAACAAUUCGUGGUACCUGGGGAAACGCUCUCUAUUUCUCCGUGAAUGUUGGAAUACUACUGAUCAACGUUAUUGGAAGCUACAACACCAUCCAAAUGACUGCGUACAUAUGUCUAGGGUUCUGUUUAGUCUUCGUGGCCAUUUUUCCCUUCAUCCCGGACACUCCGUACUACUACAUCAUCAAAAAUAAAGAGCAGGAAGCCAGAACAACCUUAAAGUGGCUGUAUCAAGAGGAAGACGUGGAAGAACUCUAUCAAUCGCUCAAAUCCGACGUACAUCGACAAAUAUCGGAAACCGGUAAAUGGAGGGACGUCUUCCAAAUCUCAACCAACCGCAAAGCUCUGAUAACCGGGUUUUACAUGCAAGUGUCGCUUCCCUUUAGCGGAUUAACGGCGUUCAUCGUACAAAGCCAGCAACUAUUCCAGGAAUCCGGAGGAGAGGUAUCAGCGGAAGCAUCAGCCAUCAUAAUAACUGCCAUAAUAACGGCAACAUCGCUCUUCGCAGUACUAACGGCGGACAAGUUGGGGAGAAAAAACUCCUUCAUAGGCUCAUGCUUCCUCUGCAUGGUUCUGCUGUUCAUCGGAGUUGUAUUCUUCUGGACGGAGCAGCACCAUCCGAACCUCGUAGAAGGUUUCCACUGGCUUCCUCUGGUGAUAAUGGUGCUCUUCUGCAUCAUCCACACCAUUGGAAUUGGUACCGUUGGGUUUCUGAUGAUGGAGGAGUUAUUCUCAGCCAGCAUCAAAACCAAAGCUCUUAUGCUGUGCACGUUAUCAUUUGGGAUUACUGGCGCGAUCAACAACGAGAUAUUUAAUCUAUUAUUGCUCAAUUUUGGUUUGUACUCGGCGUUUUUAUAUUUUACAUUUGCUUGUGCACUAUUAUUUAUACUAUCCUUCAAAUUAGUGCCAGAGACUUCAGGAAAAACUCUGGAGGAAAUUCAGCAAGACUUAAAAAAGAACAACAAUGACAAUGUGGUUGUUUAG